AUCGCUUGUGGCUGUUCACCCGGUAUGUCUAGCUAACGCUCCGGCGGCGCGCACAUACUAGUGAAACGAUUGGCUACAAUCCGACUCGACCAAUCGACAAAUCAGCCACGUAGUAAUCGAUUUCAUUCGCCCUUCGGUUGAACAAAAACUAGCCGCACCCGACUUCAACUGCUUUGACGCGGGAUAAGGGACUGGAAGAUGCAGAUAUUCGUGAAGACGCUUACCGGGAAGACGAUAACACUUGAUGUGGAGAGCAGCGACACGAUUGAGAAUGUGAAGGCGAAGAAUUCAGGACAAGGAAGGGCAUUCCGCCUGAUCAACAACGGAUUGAUAUUUGCAGGGAAGCAGUUGGAAGACGGUCGUACUCUAUCUGAUUACAAUAUUCAGAAGGAGUCUACUCUUCAUCUGGUGUUACGCUUACGUGGCGGUAUGCAGAUAUUCGUGAAGACGCUUACCGGGAAAUACGAUAACACUUGAUGUGGAGAGCAAGCGACACGAUUGAGAAUGUGAAGGCGAAGAUCCAGGACAAGGAAGGCAUUCCACCUGAUCAGCAACGAUUGAUAUUUGCAGGGAAGCAGUUGGAAGACGGUCGUACUCUAUCUGAUUACAAUAUUCAGAAGGAGUCUACUCUUCAUCUGGUGUUACGCUUACGUGGCGGUAUGCAGAUAUUCGUGAAGACGCUUACCGGGAAAACGAUAACACUUGAUGUGGAGAGCAGCGACACGAUUGAGAAUGUGAAGGCGAAGAUCCAGGACAAGGAAGGCAUUCCACCUGAUCAGCAACGAUUGAUCUUUGCAGGGAAGCAGUUGGAAGACGGUCGUACUCUAUCUGAUUACAAUAUUCAGAAAGAGUCCACCCUUCAUUUGGUACUCCGCUUACGCGGUGGUUGAAUGACUAUUCACAAUCAUUCCAUGUGUUAGCUAAUUCGAUUACUUACAAGUUUUUCUCCAGUUGUCUUUUUGAUUUGCGUGUGUGCUUUCCUAUCAGUGGCCACUGCCGUUUAAUUUCCCAAACGUCCUUAGCUGCCCUAGUUAUAAUUUUUCUGCAGUCACUUGCUCACUCAUUACUGUAGCCGAUGUCAUUUACUAAACCGAGCAUUUGAAAUGUCACCGUUCAAGUUCAGUUGGGACCGGAACGAUAGGAUAAUCCCGUG